AUGUUUAUCAGCAUGGAAAAUGUAUCUGAAGUGACAUCUUUUUAUCUAUCUGAUUACUAUGGAAUGGAGAGCUUGAAGCCGGUUUACUUCACCUUGUUCUUGAUUACUUACAUAACCAUUGUUGGUGAAAACCUAAUUUUAAUCUGGGUGGUAUUUUGUGAAAAAUCUCUGCAUGCGCCAAUGUAUUUUUUGCUGUGUAACUUGGCUGUGAAUGGUCUGUAUGGAAGCACUGCAUUACUGCCAGCAAUACUGAACAACUUGCUGUCCAAUUCGUAUGAGAUAUCUCUGUCGUUUUGUCAGACACAGAUCUAUGCUGUACACACGUAUGCCAUCAUUGAAUUCACAAUUCUUGCAGCCAUGAGUUAUGACAGGUAUUUAGCUAUUUGCUAUCCACUGCUUUAUCAUACAAUCAUGUCACAGAGAAUUGUUAAACUCAUUGUUUUUACAUGGCUUUACCCCAUGCUGGCAUUUAUCGUUGUUUUAAUGUUCACUGUUCAGCUGCGGUUUUGUGAGAGAACCCUAGACCAGGUGUACUGUAUGAAUUACAAACUGGUGAAACUGGCCUGUUCAGAUACAUCUAUUGCUAAUAUAGUUGGCCUAAUAUCUGUAGGUAUAUAUGCAGUUCCUCAGAUUAUCAUGAUUUUUUAUUCAUAUGCACACAUCCUGAGGCUAUGUGUAUCAUCAUUCAGCAAAUCCAAGCUCAAAGCCCUCCGGACUUGCACCCCCCACAUUCUCGCAGUAGUUAACUACACUAUCGGGUGCUUUUUAGAAAUAGCUCAAAGUCGAUUCAACAUGAGUCACCUGCCUUACGAAAUUAAAUUGUUUUUGUCUGUGUACUUUUUGAUAUUCCCACCCCUUCUUAAUCCGACAAUCUACGGUUUGAGUAUUGGCGUCAUAAGGGCACGACUGUUCAGGCUUUUCAGCAGAAAAAGCAGGCAAGUAACAAAUAAUGUAGCCAAGAGGGCUGUUGCUGUGGUGCAUUCAAAGUGUGUUGUGCAUGGUGAUGUGAGGACUGAUGCCUCUCGAGACGCAUGA